AUGGCUAGCAUUGAAAAUACCCAGAAAACAAUUAAUCGUAUGCCUUAUCUUAGCUCAGCACAUCUUCAGGAUGACGAAUAUUCGUGUAAACUUCUUGAAGAAAUUAAUGAACCUGUUCUUGAACCAAUGAAAAUAGGUGAUGGUGAAAUACAAUUACAACAGCAACAACUUUUUGCAGAUACUAAUUUACAACUUCAAAAUGAUUUCAAACGUAAAUUACCACAACAUCUUGCGAAACUUAAUUCGAAUAAAGAACUCAAUAUUCGACAAGAACGUAUUCUUGAAUCAUCUUAUGGAUAUUUUAAUGGUGAUCUUUCCGAAGAUAAUUGCUUGAAAUCGAUAUGCAUGGAUGAUUAUGUGGCUGACGACAUCGAUGUUAUUGAUCAGUUGGAUGAUACUGAAAGUUAUGAAACAAGUUUUCGUCGAUACGUGGUUGUUGUUCCUGUUCCAGCUGCUGAACUUGCUCCAAUUGCUGAACUUGUUCCGGCUGCUGAACUUGCUCCAAUUUCUGAACUUACUUCAGCUGCCGAACAUUUUACAGUUGAACCACAUUGCAAUCGACAUUAUUUUGGUGUAUUAAUUGUUGGUGUAUUAAUUGGUAUGAUUAUAAUGAAACUGGUGAAAUAA